CCAUUAUCCUGGAGGCGGUGUAUGUGUUUGCAUUGUAAAUUUAUCUAGCACUUAAUAGAUACAGAUUUUCUCGUUAGCAAUGUGCACUUGAUCUUGCGGUGAUAUAAUCUAAAUCCACACGCUAGAUUCUUACAGAAUGUCUGACAAGAAGUUCAGGGGUGCUCCGUUCGGAACGCAGAAAUCCAGAUUUGACGUGUCUGGAGUUCACCCAAAGAGUAAAAUGCCAGGUACUUUUACUGAAGUGCCAUACUGUCGAAAAUCUAUGGAUGAACUUAAUCGUCGUCGUGGACCAGGUGUUUAUGGAGUGGAGGUCGGUGGGUUUAGUCGUAGUGCUGUUGAGUUGAGGUCAUCUGGUCCUGGUUGGGCAAGGGCAUAUGAAGUAGCCAGAAUGGCAGCAUUACCACAUUUACUAUAUAAAGAACAAUGGGAAAAGAAAAGGGCGCAGCAACGCAACUUGGGUCCUGGUAGUUAUAGCAUUAAAGAUUUUGUUCAAGUAAUCGAUGAACGGCCACACAGUCUCCGUGGAAUAUGUGAAACUAGAGAUAGACGCUUCCGUGAACAUACACAGAGUGAAAUUCCAGGACCUGGCACCUAUGGAAAAGGUGGCAUCCCUCACUCGGCAAUUGAAGAGAAAGCUCAAAAAUCAUUUAGUAAUGUUGGUAUGCUGGAUGCAGGAUCAUCAUCAUCCAGAAAUCUUCCCUCUGUGGGAUGUGAAUUGGGUCCAGGUACGUAUGAGAAACGAAGCUUUGCCGAUGAAUUAACUGGCAAAGUUACCAGUACACGAGGACCCUACGAUUUAUUCACCGGAGAUAGAAAUGCACCGAUUAAAACAGGUCAUCUGGCAAUACCGAACCUGGCAAAUCUUGGGCCUGGUCAGUACAACUUGAAUACAUUCCUAGAUAAAUGGCAAGACGAACAUCGUCAACGACAUGGUAAAUUUGGAAAAGUUGAUCAGUAUCCAGUCAGGCCAUCCGAAAGAAUGUACUGUGACACACUGUCACAAUGGCCAAAGAAAUCAGUUGAUCCAGGCCCAGGAAAUUAUGAUCCCCAGGAAGUCUCAAGAAAAGAAGCUCACAACUCACCAGCAUUUAUUUCAUCAGCAGAAAGAUUUGAUAAACGAGCGAGAAAGUUUUUCAUGGGUGGUUCAAAUCCGGUUGGUGCUGGUCGUUACGACAUACAAAGAUGGGAAGAGGCGCAGCACAAGAACGGCCAUGCUAGCGUGUUUAAUUCAAAAGUAACAAGAGAACCCAAAUCCAGGGAUAGUAUGCUACAAGAACGAAUCAAAGCUAAGAACAUGAGCCCAGAAGAAAAAAUUUUCAUCGCCCAACCACAGAAUGAGGCCGAUUACGUCAGAGCCAGGAGAGUGGUUUAUGCGCAAUAAAACAAAACCAGAACUGCCGUUUAUCACUUUAUGAAACAAUACACGUGUCAAACAAGAAUCUUUCAGGAGGGUAUUGCAAAUGAUUUUUACAAUAAAAUUAAAUUAUACAUGAUUUACUCUGGAGAUAUUUACACCCAAACAUUUUUAAAAUGUUCCUGCAGCCCAAACUGAAAUAGUCGACUCAGUUGUUCAGGCACUGCUGUAAUUUGCAGAGUGUGCAACACAAGCAAGUGUCUGAUAUUUA